AUGACACGCACCCUCAUCAUCUUCGGCGCGGGGCCAGGAAUCGGUAAUCACGUUGCUGCUGAGUUUGCGUGCAAAGGUAUCGAGCACAUUAUUCUUCUGUCGCGCAACACGGAACGCCUCGAAAAGGAAGAUGCGCCUUUUGUCAGCAAAAGUAGCUCCUCUGUCAAAGUCGACACUCUGCGCAUCGAUCUCGCAGACACAAAGUCCAUCCCAGAUAUACUCAAGCAGAUCGACAGUAUGACCGAAGGCGAAGAUGUAGAAGUCGUAUUCUUCAACGCUGCUCGUAUAAAGCCGAACGAUGUCCUGGGUGUCAGCGUGGAGGAGAUUGAGGAAGACUUCAAAACCACGAACCUAGCCCUCUACGUCGUAGCACAGCACUACAUCCCCCGACUCCAGAGCCUGGCCAAGUCAAACUCGUCGCUCAAGCCCGCUCUUCUCGUUACGAAUAGCCACCUGCCAUGGGAUCCGGUACCGCAACUCCUUUCACUGAGUCUGGUGAAGGCUUCGCAGAAGAAUAUGGUGGAGAGCUUUAAUCGUGCGUUCAGUGAUAGUGGCGUGCAUAUCGGGCUGGUUUAUGUCGAGGGAGUUGUAGCGCCGGAGAAUAAGGUGCUGAACCCCAAGACGAUUGCGGAGAGGACUGUGGCAUUUUGGGAGGUUGGAGAGGGAGUUGGCGUUCACAUCAAGGAGAAGUGA